GAAUUUGAACAAUUCCAAAGGAUGAGUUCAUCGAAUAGUGUAGAAGGGCGAAACCUCUUGCCCGAUUUGGAACAAUUCCAAAUGAUGAAUUCAUCGAAUAGUGUGGAGGGGCGAAACCACUUGCCCGAAUCAGAACAAUUCCGAAUGAUAAGUUCAUCGAAUAGUGUAGAGGGGCAGAACCACUUGCCCGAUUCUAAACAAUUCCGAAUGGUGAGUUCAUCGAGUAGUGUGGAGGGCCGAAAUAACUUGCUAAAACCGGAACAAGUCCAAACGUUGAGUUCAUCGAUACGAGUGCUAUCCGAAAAUCAGACGGCUGAUAGAGAGAGAGAGCCCUCACAGAGGAGAGGACAUAAGAGACAGGCGAGGAUCCUGAACUCUGGAGUGACAAGGAUGGAGAACGUAUCUGAUGAGGGGGCAGUGAGAGAAAGAGGAGAGGAGGGGGUGAAUGGACAGAGAGAGAAGAGGAACGAGUUCCAUUGGCGGAGACCGAAGACUCAGUUUGUGACCAAUACUUAUAGGAUGACACCACCUUCUUCGAGAUUUCAGCUACCAGGUUUGCAGUCCUGGAGUCGUAACAACAGACGCUACCUGGCGGACAAUGAUCAAGUGAGACGCAGUGGAGGCCCCACUCAACGGCGCAUCAUAUACUACGCAACUCUGCCCGAGAUAGUUCGCCCUCCCACCGCCAAAUCUAUGGCAGCGCCACCAGUCACUCCCAGGUGUGGUCUAACAGCAACCUCACCACUCCACCAGCACUCAACUAGGCAAGCAGCCACCAACUACGGAGACACCAACCGGCCAAACAUCAACUUGAAUCCAAAUCCAAACCUGAACGUGAACCCAAAUCCUCCACCAAAGGAUAAUGAGAUCAUCCAUGUCUCAUCAGCUGUCAUCGAUGUCACAAACAACAGGGACCAACCAGCCUCACCCACUGCCAUCUUGACAACAUCAGCAAUCCAACAAAAUGGCGCCCAAAAUGGUGGACACAGAAUAUAUGAUAUAACUCCACAAAAUGGUGCCCAAAGUGGGGCUCACAGGAACACAAUAUACGAUAUAACUCCACAAAAUGGUGGACAUAGAAUAUAUGAUGUGACUUCACAGAAUGGCGCCCAAAGUGGGGCGCACAGGAACACAAUCUACGACAUAACUCCACAAAAUGGUGCCCAACAUGGUGGACACAGGAUAUAUGAUGUGUCUCCUCAACAGAAGUACACAAUCUAUGAUAUGGAGCCCCCUUACAUGCGGAAUCCCUACUACAACAACUAUUAUAAUUUAGAUAACAAAUUGUUGGGUUAUGACAAACAACGCUACUCAUAUUACUAUCAACAAUAUCAACCUCUUGGACAGUAUCCUCCCAAUCAGGAUCGGUUCUACAAUGAUGUGAGAACUCCUCCCUAUAGGGUGCACGCACCAUAUCAAAAUGAGCUUCCUCCAUAUAAAUAUCCGUAUCAAAAUAUGCUUCCUCCCUACCAGAGUCCACCACUCUACUAUGAUAGGAAACCAGAGUAUGUGCCCAUUGAGAUACAAACCACGGCUCCAAGUGUAUCCAGUAGUACAACCUCAACUACCACCACAGAGGCUACUCCGAAGGGGGUGGGGGAUCCCAGACACCAGCCCUCAUCAACUGCUGAGUCAGCAUCAGAUCUGUCAAAACAGGGCAAUAGCACUAAUGGCUUGGUGUCGAGGUAUGUUUGAGCAACUGAGCUGGAUUGUUAUCAUCUGAAAUAACUCUUAUUGCUCCGAUCUCCCAGAAGGCUAUUUCGCACUGCCAUAGCAUAGCUUGAAAUACAGUGCAUCUUUUCAAAGACAGCCAUAAUUAUUU